AACCUUUGCGCAAGGAGGCGGGACAUAAAUUAGCUAGCCGCUCCAGUUUUCCCCAAGAUGGCGGGGUUGCCAUCGAAGCCAUAUGGCCGCACUUCGAGGAGAAAAUAAUCCAAGCGAGGGGGUUAUCCACCAACAGGAGACAAAUGUGUAAAUUAUAUCGCUCCCUGAUGUUCACAUUGGAGGGUGGUCUGAGUCUCUAUUCCAUAAGCUGAAUGCAUUGUGAUUUCCAAUAAUUGAGACAGUGAUUUUGAAAGCUGUCUACAUUAAUGAAAAGAGCAAUGUAGUCAGCUUAGCAUAAACACCUCUGGCACGCGGUCUAAACAGGGAUGAGUUUCUUCAUGUUUUCUGAUUUGGUGUCAAAGAUGAACACAAAUCAAGUGUAACUUUGUCUUUUAAAAAAUAUAGCUGUCAGAUUGAAGUUGUAGCUCUUAAUUAAAGAAAAAAUGGAGCUAGAUGAUGUUUUACCCCCACUCCCAUUAGAGCCUCCUGAUGAUUUUGGCCUGGAACAAGGCAGGGCACCUCCACCACCUCCCCUGCAAACGUCCAGUGACGCAGAGGUAAUGGACGUUAGCUCUGGUGGUGAUGGAUUCACGUACACCCCAGAGGACGGGACGCAGGAGCCUCUCGGCAAGGGUUUAUUUACUUUUAGUAACCACCUUUCCAACGAGGCCGGUUCCAACCCUCCGUGCCCAAGAACCGCUCGCCACGCUCCCCCGGUCACCAAGUUUCUGCCAGACCUCAAGCUGCUCAGAGAUGUCAAGAUCAGUGUGAGCUUCACUGAAAGCAGCAGCAGCAGCAGUAAUAGUAGUAGCAGCAAGGACAGGAAAGUGUUGUACACCGGGGAGGGCGAAGAGGCAGGGAGUGACAAUGGCUUAGCUAGUCUGAAUGGAGAACUGCAGGAGCUGGCGAGCAUGCAGGAGGCAGGUAGCUCUGGAGCAGGAGACGCAGCAGGCAGGAAGUCGGAGGAGGCUGAGGUGGACAUGGAAAAUAGGGUAGAGUUUGCAGUUCUGGAUGAGUUGGAUGACCUCUACGAAAACCUGUUGGAUCAGGACGAUGGAGAGAACGACGGCCUUAAGUCUGAGGGCAUGGUUCCCCACGACCAGGUGGAUGCUGGAGCUUUCCCUUACGAGGUGGAGUUUGACACGGAUGUGGACGCGCUGUUGGAGGAGGGCAUGCCCAUGCCAAAGAAAAUGCGCCAAGCUGAAGACAAAUAUGGCGGCGACAGUGAUCACCAGUCCGAUGGGGAAGGAGGGGUUCAGCCGAUGAUGACCAAAAUCAAGACCGUCCUGAAGAGUCGGGGACGUCCGCCUACUGAGCCUCUUCCAGAUGGAUGGAUCAUGACAUUCCAUAACUCGGGCAUUCCAGUCUACCUGCACAGAGAAACUAGAGUGGUGACCUGGUCCAGACCGUACUUCAUUGGAACUGGCAGUAUUAGGAAACACGACCCCCCUACCAGCAGCAUCCCUUGCCUUCACUACAAGAAAAUGCGAGAACAAGAGGAAAAAGAUUUGAGGGAGGAGCUAACUUCAACCACGGAGCAGCUUCCCCCCAAGCCGGAUGAGCAGGGGAGCGGCGAAGAGGCCAAGUCGUCGGACGAGCAGGAUGCAGCCACGGCUGUGGUCGACGAGACGGAUCCAACCACUGACAACAGCCAGCCGAGUAAAGAGGCCCAUCCCUGCGACACCGCCCAAGGAGCGCUGGGGCAGGUCAAGGCCAAGGUGGAGGUGUGCAAGGAUGAGUCUAUAGAACUUGAAGAUUUCCGCCAGUACCUGGAAAAAUGCUUCGACUUUGAACAAGUCACCGUCAAGAAGUUUCGCACUUGGGCCGAGCGGAGACAGUUCAACCGAGACGUGAAGAGGAAGCGCGCCGAAUCAGAAAGACCCAUCCUGCCCGCCAACCAGAAACUCAUAACGCUGUCGGUGCAGGACGCUCCGACCAAGAAAGAAUUUGUCAUUAAUCCAAAUGGGAAGUCAGAAGUUUGCAUCCUGCAUGAAUACAUGCAGCGAGUCCUGAAGGUUCGACCUGUUUACGACUUUUUUGACUGUGAGAACUCGAGUGAACCCUUUGGAGCGUCUGUCAUCAUAGAUGGAGUCACUUAUGGCACAGGAACUGCGAGCAGUAAAAAACUUGCCAAAAAUAAAGCUGCCCGAGCCACACUGGAGAUCCUCAUUCCUGACUUUGUGAAGCAGACUUCAGAGGAGAAACCUGUUGAGGGGGAUGAACUGGAGUAUUUUAAUCAUAUCAGUAUAGAAGAUUCAAGAGUGUACGAGCUGACCAACAAAGCUGGACUACUUUCGCCAUAUCAGAUUCUCCACGAGUGCCUUAAAAGAAACCACGGGAUGGGGGACACGAGCAUUAAAUUUGAGGUGAUCCCAGAUAAAAACCAGAGGAGUGAAUAUGUGAUGACAUGUGGGAAACACACAGUACGAGGCUGGUGUAAGAAUAAGAGGGUUGGCAAACAGCUAGCAUCUCAGAAGAUCUUGCAGAUGCUUCACCCGCAUGUUAAGAACUGGGGCUCACUGCUGCGCAUGUACGGCAGAGAGAGCAGUAAGAUGGUCAAAAAGGAGAACUCCGAUAAGAGUGUGAUUGAGCUCCAGCAAUACGCCAAAAAGAACAAGCCUAACCUUCAUAUCUUGAACAAACUGCAGGAAGAAAUGAUGAAGUUGGCAGCUCAGAGAGAGGAAACAAGAAAAAAACCCAAAAUAACCAUCAUGGAGUCGGCCCAGCCGGGGAGCGAGCCCCUCUGCACUGUUGACGUCUAAGUCCUGGAAUCAGCACUGAAACCCAGUUACUGUCCAACAUUUCUCAGCAUCCAUCACUGAAGUAUGCAUCACUGAAACCUAACGGCAAUAUAGUGACACAUCCAGCAGGCAGGGGAAGCUUCUCGCGUUUCUUUUUUCUCCAAUAAUGGUCAAGCUGGUAGAUGAGAGGGUAGGGCUAAAUGCACUUAUGGACCCAACAGAAGAAACAUAUUGUCUACCUCUCUAGAUGCUUUCAUAUUAUGGCACAAAAAUUAGCAAAAUGUCAGAAAGCAGAAAAACCUGCAUGCUUAGACUGCAAAAAAAAUCACAGCAGGAUCUGCUUCUUUUUUUUUCCUUUCUUCCCCUUGAAGUGUUUUAGACCAUCUUUUACCACCGUCACUGUUAAAUUUGUGCUUGAAGUAUUUGAAAGGGACUACUAAUACUCAUAUUUAUCUUUUAAUUGGGAAACAGUUCGGUGUUUGGAUGUUUUUAACCGUGGCUGUUCUGGACGACGAACACGCUCGAUGUUUCUAUCCUCGGUAUGGAAUGUUGUCUGCACGACGAGAACUGUGAAGUGAUCACUAUUCAGAUUUCUUGGUAUGCACUCGUGUCCUGUCAGAUGUUUUCGUCGAGUGAUUGUGCUCUUUUUUUUGGUACAGAAAUCCCCCGCCGCUCUCCAGACGUUCUGGUGGGAUUUCCAGUCUUGUUGCCUUUCUAUGCUUUGGUGGAACGCGUAGCUGAGAUCCUUUAGCUUCAUGUCAAAACUGCAGUAAACCCAGAGUACUGGAAACAUUUCACUAAUCCUUUUAUCAUUGCUUUUUAGGCUGUACUUAAAGAACGCACAGUUUUGCAUGUUUGUUUUUGUGCCCUUUAAUAAUAAAAUAAAUAAAAGGAAGUUGGUAAUGUUGCCUUAGUUUCUGAAGGGCUCAUCUCCUAACACAUUGGACCUAAACACCCUUCAGUGGAAGACGGAAAGACCCAUUCUGGAAGCAUUUAUUGAAUAAUGCCGUUUCUAGGGCAAAAAAAGCUUAAAGCAGGAGCAGAUAUUUCUAGUGCAUCGUGUCUUCUUUGGCAUUUACACAUUUUUCUAAAAGAAGCCGUGAGAAAGCAGAUUCAAACCAAAACUUGCUGUUACAACUAUUGGACUCAGAAUUAUGAAGUUAGGACAAAACCCUUUUUUUCCUGUGUAUUUGGAUUGUGUUUUCUCAGUUUAAUGGAGGCUCUUGUGAUGUGUUGCUUUAAGAAUGUGCUUUCCCCUUUUCUACGCAUCUCACCUCCCGGUCAGAGCUGCUCUGAGGAGACGAGAAAAACAAACUGCUUUUGUGUCGACUUGUACUGGUUUGACUUUAUGCUGCCUAGAAAAUUCUGUCUUGGAGCUCUACGACUUCAGUGAUAUUUGUUAUGCAAAAAUAAAAGAUCUUGACUUACGA